CGAUACGAACGAAGGCUCUCCCCCGCUAUUGUGCAAAUUAAGGUAAUAUUGUUUACCAACUCCUUUUUUAUUUAUUAUCAAUAAAGCCUGGCCUUUGCCUUAUUUUAUCUCUUAAAACUAACCCCGCUAUUGUGUUUUUAUUUAUUCUAUUUUGUUUGGUUUGCUUUGCAUAUUCCCCCUUUACCCCGCAUUGGCGCAAACAUUGGUCACUUCGGACCGGAUAACGAGUUGUCGGCAAAAAGAAGUUAAUUGUUUCUUCUUUUUUAUUUACAAAGCAAACUUCAUCAUCACCAUCAACAAAAAUACAGUCCACACAAUCAUCGUCAUCAUCAUCUUUAUCAUCAUCUCGUUUCCAUUAAAAACAACCAGUAUGUCGAUGAAAUUGUACACGGAAGACGAACUCUUGAAUGUUGAUGAAGCCAACGCCACCCCGGAUUGUCCCCCCACUGAGACCACAUUGUCCUCUGCUGCCGUUGAAGCUGCUCUUGUGGAACCUAUUGCAGCUGUAAAAAUAUCUGAGCCUGGGUCCGAAUCGAACAAGUCGGAUUCAUCUGCGGCCCUCGCCUCUACUGUCGAAUUGAUGCAAACCGAGUCCGAAUCCUUAUCGGUGGAUUCAUCUGCGGCUCCGGUCCCUGCUAACCCCAGAUUUGAAAAUUCGCGAACCGAGUCCGGAUCUUCGGGUCCAUCUGCGGCUCCGGUUGCCACUCCUCAGUCGUUGGAGGAGUCGGCCAAAUUUAGUAGGUCCGAAUCCUCUCGGGAUUCAUCUGCGGCCUCCCAUAAAUGUCGCCUUUGUGACCGCAUGCACCCUUUGGAUAGAUGUAGCGACUUCCGCGUCAUGAAUGUUGACAUGCGUCGUCGAGUUGUUGUUAAAUUUAAUGAUUGCAUACGGUAUUUAGCGAAAUCCCACCAAGCCAGGGACUGUCAAAGUAAAAGAAAGUGUGCCGUAUGCAACGAAGAUCACCACACUCUUCUUCACGUUGAUUCGAAGACCAUGGUUAAACCCACAAGUAAUAGUCGGCGUCGUCCGCAUACGGAUUAUAGGCAUCGUUCGCGUCAUAGUCCUUACUAUCGUCCGACUGAAAAUGCUUCCCACUCGCAGGUAGGACUGGUCGGCUUGUUGUCCCUCCAGUCUGGUAUCUGCAUUUCCCCGACUUUGUUAGUCAAAGUUGAUGCUUUUGGCCGUCCCUCUAUCGUGAGGGCGGUAUUGGACCAAUGUAGUAGGCAGAGUCAGAUAUGCUCCUCUUUGGUGCAUAGUCUUCGUAUCCCUACUUCAAGAAUCGAUGGUAGCCAAAUAUGUAGGCUUAGUCUCACCUCGAUAUACGACCGGAGUCAGUCCUUGUCAAUUGUGGCAGUGGUGACCCAUCUGGACCAUGCGCGUACGCCUACAGCGGCAAUCCCAGAGCGCAUAAAAGACUCCUUUCUUGGUCUUCCUUUGGCAGAUCCUGAUUUUAAUAGGCCUGGGCGGGUGGCCCUGGUACUCGGGCCGGAAGUCUAUGCCAGGGUCGUAACACAUCGGGUGCAUGCGACGCCAGGGUUACCGAUAGCCCACUACACCAUAUUUGGUUGGGUAUUGUCGGGCAUAUGUAACAUAUAGUGUUACACAAUGUUGUUUGAAAAAAUGUAAUGAAUUAAAAAUAAAGAAAUUGAAGAUAAAAAAGAAAUGAAUUGAUGAAAGAAAAAAAAAAAGAAAAAAAAAAUUUAAUUAUGUAUUGUAUUUUAGUUACAACAUCUCAAUAUGUUGCAAGGUGGGCGGCAUGUUUAAUUUAGAUUGAAAAUUAUUGCUUUGCUGCGUUAACAAUGGGUUAACGCCUAAUUACUUGUAAAUGAUUAACAUCGUUGAAAUCUGUCAAUGUCAACAGAUUUCAACGAGUGGCGAAUGGCGCUAACGCCAACUUACUUCAUGUUGGGAUCGUUGUUUUGUUAUAAACACUCUCUUCUUCUAUCGCCCCGAUACGAACGAAGGCUCUCCCCCGCUAUCGUGCAAAUUAAGGUAAUAUUGUUUACCAAAAUCCUUUAUACUUAUUAUUAAUAAAGCCUGGCUUUUGCCCUUUUUAUAUUUAAAACUAACCCCGC